AUGGCCGCAUUUCUGGUAUCGGUGUUCGUAUUUGCCGCUGGCGUCGCGAGCUAUGGCUUCCACUCUCCUCGAGGCAGGAAUCAAUACGUCGUUGGCGGUACCAUUAACAUCGCCUGGUCAAGCGUUGACGACUUCGUGGACAUUUACUUGACUAAGCAAAGCUUCCUCAACCCGAAACAGCCAGUAGAGCCCAUCACGAUAGCUGACAAUAUCACGAAUACAGGGUCCUUCCAAUGGAUUGUUCCGAAUGAUCUAGGGGCCGCCUUUACCGGUAACGUCCGCAUGUAUCUGAUCAACAGCCGGACGAAGAGCAGAAGCUUUCAGACCGAAUAUUUCCAUAUCUACUACGGCGAGCAGGACUAUGCCGAUCUGUCGACCCCGUCGUGGGCGAAUUUCACUGCGCCUACGGGUGCGCCCAAAACCUUUUUCACUGACAAGCGAACGGUGGGCAUCAGCUGGGACACGGAUGUCGAGUUCGUCAAUUUGACGUACUGCACUGAUGUGAACGCCCCGUGGCCAAUCAUAGGCGAGAAUAUGUCUACAACGAUAGAUGGCUUCACAAGAAACCCGGGCAUAGCCGUCUGGUCUGUCCAAGAUAUCACUACAUACUCCCUUCCCUUCAGGUUCCGCUUGAUGAGCAACGACACCCUAGCGGGAGACACGUAUGUCGAGAGCAACGCGUUCUACACGGCGCCAGAAAAUUACCCGGACUACUUCGACUUCACCGAGCAUCUGGACGAUGAGGGAUUUCUUUUCCCAACUCAAGCUCUUGCGCCAUCCCUGCGUGUGAAUGACACGGUCGUCUUCACGUGGCGCAAGCCCAUGCCGGACGACUACGAUAUCGAGCUCGGCGUCUGGGCGGAGAAUUACAAAACUGGGUGGAUCACCGGGCCCGAAGACGAGAAUAUCGUGCGCACACCCACAAACAUAAGCUACCGUAUCGAGACCUACGACAUCCAGGACCGCUUCCGCCAACCCUACACCUUCAAUCUCCUCAGCAGAAACUCUCGCUCCGGCUACCCAGGCUAUCGGGCCAUCAUGCGCACCGAGCCCCUAACGUUUGGCGACCCGGCUGGCUCCGCUGAGAAGACCUGGAUCGCCCCAGCUGUUGCAUUUGAGACAUCUACGUCGACGUCAGGGACGCCACCAGGAGCCAAUACAACCAGCUUAGACUCUUCCGCUGCAAAUGGUUCGGACGAUUCGGGCGUCAGUCGAAGCGAGCUGAAGCUCUACGUUGGGCUAGGCGUUGGUCUCGGUGUAGCUGCCAUUCUGCUCUUCAUGGGUAUUGGGUUCUUCUGCUGGAAGAAGCGGCGAGGUGCUAAGAACGAUACGCACGAAGGCUCUGAGCCAUGGAGGAAGUCAGAGCUUGAUGCGAAAGGGGCUCGGCACGAGCUUAGUGAGGAGGGACAGCUUGCACUACCAACUGCUGAACUGCCGAGUCAAGGGACGGCGCACUAUAGGGAGGAACACGACAGGCAUGGUAAUGUUCAUGAGUUGCCUGGACAGACGACGUCGGGUCGGACAUUGUAA